GUAUGCAACAUGUAUUGAAGAAAGUAGACUGCAUACAUAAGCAUUAUAUUUUUUUGGUUCGUUUUCCAGUAUGUUAUCUUUGCUUAAAGCUUUCAAAAUACGUAUUUUUCUUGUGAUACCUAUGACAUACGCAGUUGUUUGGAAGCAUAAAAAAAUUGGAACAGAAUGUGUAAUGACCAAUGAUGUAUUUAUCACAGAUUAUGCGCGUUCUGGGAUUGAAUGUUCCAAACUCUGCAAGAAUAACCCCUUUGGACCAUGUUCGAGGUUUAUAUAUGAUUCAGAAGGAAAACAGUGCAUGCUUCAUUCCGAUCAGACAAUUACUGGGAUAAAUUCGGUUAAAGUUACCACAGAUGUCAAAUGGAAACUAUACGGUACUGCUCACAAUAGUUGCAAUUUACCAGGAUAUGACUACAUUCAACAUAUUGGGACAUGUCUAAAACAUUUUUAUAGAGUACAGAGUUCUUGGAAUAAUGCAAAUACAAUGUGUCAGCAGGAUGGUGGUCUUCUAGUUAGUAUCAAUACAAUGGCAAAGUGGACUUUCCUGAGUAAUUAUCUCAGUUGUGUCAACAAGUUCUGGGCUGGAUUGAAAGGAAAUACGUGGAGUAAUGGUGAUCCGUUUGUUAAUGUGCUUGGAGUAACUGAUGUUUUGAACAAUCUUCCUGAUAGCAACAAUCCGACUGACCCUGAAUUCGAUUGUGGAUUAUUUACUUUCAUCACAUCCCCAGAAAUCGUUGAUGCAAGCUGCAAUGAUAAGCUGCGAAUGUUUUUUGUUUGUGAAAUUUCAAUGAAUUAAAUCAAAAGCCGGCUGCUAUUCACUGCUCAAAUAAGACUAUCCUUUUAAGAAGGUUUUUUUUUCUAUUCUACUUUUCUGCACAUUUGUUUUAAAUCGAAUACUACAUGAAACUUCAGAAAGUGUGUAAUGUGUGAACUAUAAUAUAUAUCUUCUAUCUUACAUUGUGAAAAUAUAAAACUCAAUAUAUUUCUCGAUAGACUAGCUAUCAGUGCAUCUUUAAGGGGAAAGUUCCGUUUUAUAAUGUGAUGCCGUCAAGGAGAAACUUAAUUUAGAUGUUAAAUUUAUGAGCAUUCAC